ACGCCCUCACUACAUAUCCCUCGUCACAACUACAGGAUUUGUAGUUUCUAUCACAAGCACAGCAACAUACCCUAGCAAAAACAAUCCCCAAGUGAACCCUGUUAUCGAAGAUGGUGGACGCGGCAGCCUUGAUCAUCGGAGUGAUCCUGUUCGUGGUCCUGUCCCCAGGACUAGUGUUGCAGAUCCCCGGAGACGACCGCCCUGUUGAGUUCACGAAUCAGCGGACGAGCAUAGCGUCUGUAAUUGUGCAUGCGGUUGUGUUCAUCAUCCUCUUCUACCUACUGCAACUCGUCUUCCAUGUGCACGGUGGUACCAAGGUCGACUAAGCGGCCGCGGCUUCCUCCGAACCUGUCGAGCUGCCACCCUAAGUUGUCUUUUGCGAAUAAAAUUCGAACACGAGGAUGUGGAUAAAACUGGGCAUUUCUUAUUGUCUCACAAGUGGGUGUACAGGGACCUGUUGAUGGGUCUCAUCUGCCAGUAGCCAGCCCUCGAGGUUGAGAUAGGAACAACGUCUGUCUUGUUUCAUGUCGAUAUGUACAUUUGGACUUCUGCUUCUCGCUUUAAGUUGAUGGAAUGCACACAGUUUUCACUGUAACUCUUCACUGUA